AUGGCGAUAGAUGGCAUGGCUGGCUAUAUCCUUGCGGGGUCUCAGGCCUACACGUUCUACGUUGGUGAAAAAGAUGGAUGGGUUUUGUACCCUUCUGAGAAUUACAAUCACUGGGCUGAAAGGAUGAGGUUCCAAGUCAGCGACACUCUUGUUUUUAAGUACAAGAAGGGAUCGGACACGGUUUUGGUGGUGAACAAGGAGGAUUAUGAGAGAUGUAACAAGAAUAACCCGAUCAAGAAGUUUGAGGAUGGUGACUCGGAGUUUCAGUUUGACCGGUCGGGUCCUUUUUACUUCAUCAGUGGAAAAGAUGGUAACUGUGAGAAGGGUCAGAAACUGAUUAUUGUGGUUUUGGCUGUGAGAGAGCCUCCACCAUAUUCUCCAACACCUCCAAACGCUCCCUAUGUUCCAACUCCUCCAAAGGUUCCUUACCAUCCCCCUUAUGUUCCAAUUCCUCCUCAAAUUCCCCCUCCUCCAAAAACUCCUUAUCCACCUCAUGUUCCAACCCCACCUCAAACACCUUCCCCUGUUUAUAGUCCUCCCAGUGUUCCAACCCCUCCAAAAGUGCCUUCACCUAUUCAUUAUCCACCUUAUGUUCCAAGACCUCCAAAAUCUCCAUCCCCUACUUAUAGUCCUCCCAUUGUUCCUCCUACUCCUCCAAAAGCACCUUCACCUACUUAUCAUCCACCCCAUGUUCCAACACCUCCACAAACUCCUUCUCCAGUUUAUACUCCUCCCAAUGUUCCACCAAAUGUUCCACUUCCUCCAAAAGCUCCUUCCCCAGGUAACCAUCCACAUCCACCCUAUGUUCCAACACCUCCCAAAGCACCUUCUCCUACUUAUAGUCCUCCUAAUGUUCCUUAUCCUCCAAAAGCUCCUUCCCCUAAUAACCAUCCACCCUAUGUUCCUACACCUCCGAACACACCUUCUCCUACUUAUAGUCCUCCAAAUGUUCCCACUCCUCCAAAAACACCUUCCCCCACAUAUGGUCCUCCAAAUGCUCCUUCCCCUGGUAACCAUCCACCCUAUGUUCCUUCACCUCCAAAAACACCUUCUCCAACUUAUAGUCCUCCAAGUGUUCCCACCCCUCCAAAAACUCCUUCCCCUGCCCACCAACCUUAUGCCCCAAUUCCUCCAAACACUCCAUCUCCUGUCUCCCAACCUCCCUAUACUCCAACCCCUCCAAAAACCCCUUCCCCUACCCAUCAACCCCCCAUUGUUCCAGUAACUCCAUCACCAUUUUCUCAACCACCUUAUGUUCCACAACCACCGAAAACUCCUUCUCCUACAUCCCAACCUCCUUACAUCCCGUCACCUCCAAACACUCCCUCUCCAAUAUCCCAACCACAUUACAUUCCAACACCGCCAAAAACUCCUUCUCCUACUGGCCAACCUCCCUACAUUCCAACACCUCCAAACACUCCUUCCCCAACAUCUCAGCCCCCUUACAUUUCCACACCUCCAACAACCACUCCUUCCCCAACAUCUCAACCACCCUACCCUUAUGCCCCCACUCCAAAACCCAAUUCCCCUAUCCCCCUCCCUCCAUCAUCAUCCCCAACUUCCCAAUCACCACUCUCACCAACAUCACCCUAUCCAUCCACCAUCCCAACUCCAUCAUACCCACCGACACUUUCACUUGCACCCACUUACCCACCUUCCCCCUUAGCCCCGGCUAAUACUCCGCUUCCCUCCACUACAUCGCCACCAUCGCCUUCUCCGGCAACCGCCACUUCUCCUCGGGCGUCACUUUCGCCAGCAACAACUCUUUCGCCAUCGUCUUCCUCAGAAUCGUCUUCGAACGAAACGACGCCGGCCCGGCCGAGCGGCGCGUCGUCUGUAGCGGCGCCGCGUUUAGGAGCGUACUCACUAACCAUUCUCGUCGGUGCUGCUCUUAGUACCAUUCUUGGUUAG